AUGGCGACUUCCACCUCCAUCAAGCUCGCGGACCACGAGACCCUGGUCACCCAAGACAACGCCGUGUGCUACAUCCUGUUUAGCCGCGAAAACUCCAAGGACUCCACGAAGCGCUACACGCAGACGGAUCUCCUUCCAUUCGGCUCCUCCGACACCGACGACACCUUCGUGGUGCCGCGUGCUGUGCCCAUUCCGACCGCCAUUGACGAGGCUGGAGAAUACAAGCCCUGGGUCCUUGACCAUGCCACCGGCAUCUGGGAGCGCGGCUUCACAACCUGGGGCCCACCGUCGCUCAUCUUGCGCGUCUUCUCCUACCGCGGCGAAUACAAACAGCAGCUAUUCUUCGGGAAGACGUGGAAGAAGUUCGAUCGCGCGGCCCUCAAGUUCGAUCUCAACGAUGAGGAGAUCGUCCGCAAGUACAACAAGUGGCUGGAGUACAUCUUCGAGACGUUUCAAACCGACCCCGGCGUUCAAGAAGUGAGCGACGUCCCUUGGAGCAAGAGGGAGCGACUCUGUCUGCGCCUGUGGACUAACGAGUACAUCCGAAAGGAGGGUCUCGUCGCAUGGGCUUCCCUCUUCGAAUGGGAUGAUGAAGUCUUCGGGCUCAACCUCUUCCUCCGAAAGUGUGGGUGCGACGGGCCUGGGCGCGUGUUGGCAGACAUCCUGAAGAUGUUUGGCCGCGACGACGUGAUCCGGAGGCGCUUCGAAGAUGCGCAGGCGGUUGAGCUUCGAGUCCGCCAGGGCAGGAAGUUCACUAGGAAGGAGCUGCACCCCAAGAGGUGGAUUCCAAUCCACGAGGCCUUGGAUGAUGAGAAGAUCGAGAUGACGGCGGAGGAUAGUGUACGUGUGAAGGACACAGAUGUUGCUGAGGAGGAAGAGGAGGACAACGAAAUCUUGGAACAAAAGAUUUCAGAGCAGCAGGAGGAAAACGCAGAGGCGGAGGAUGACGAGGACAUGGGGCAGACGAUGGGCCCGGUGUAG